AUGAGCAGAGCCACUUUCUUCGAGGUGGAGAUUCUGGACGUCACAUCCAGAGAGCAGCUGUGCUUCCUAGACAAGGUCGAGCCAUGCUCCACGAUAGGAGAAAUCAAAAAUCUGUUUCACAAAUCAUAUCCUCAGUGGUAUCCAGCUCGACAGGCCCUAAAGCUUGAUCCUAAAAGAAAACAGCUGAGAGAUGAUGAGGUCUUGCAGAAUUUACCUGUCGGGACCUCCGCCACCAUGUACUUCAGAGAUCUUGGCCCACAGUUAGGUUGGACUAUGGUAUUUCUAGCGGAGUACAUCGGCCCUCUCCUCACCUACCUCCUCUUCUACUUCCGUCUUCCCUACGUCUACUCACCCAGCUAUGCCUUCACCUCCAGCCCUCACCCCGUCGUCACUCUAGCCUGUGCCUGUCAUACCUGCCACUACGUGAAGAGAUUAAUUGAAACUAUCUUUGUGCACCGUUUCUCCCAUGGGACCAUGCCGCUCAGGACCAUAGUCAGGAACUGUGUGUAUUACUGGAGCUUCUCAGCUUGGCUGGCGUACUACAUCAACCACCCUCUGUACACACCACCAUCCUAUGGAGAGCGACAGGUCAACUAUGCGCUAGUCAUAUUUGUGCUGUGCGAGAUUGGCAACUUCUCCAUCCACCUGAACCUGAAUCAUCUCAGAGGGGAUGGCUCCAGGUGCAGAAAGUUCCCGUGUCCCACUAAGAACCCCUUCACAUGGCUGUUCUUCUUCGUGUCCUGCCCAAAUUACACAUAUGAGGUUGGAGCCUGGGUGAGCUUCUCCAUUAUGACUCAGUGUCUUCCAGUGGCUCUGUACAGCGUACUGGGCUUCAUUCAGAUGACCAUCUGGGCCAAAGGGAAACAUCGAGCGUACAGCCGGAAGUUUAAGGACUAUCCCAGUAUUCGGAUGGCCAUCAUCCCUCUGAUCGUUUAA